AUGGCAGCUCCUCGGGGCAACGGGAGCCCAGGCCGAGAGCCAGGCGGCUGUGAGGGAGCCUGGGGUGCCCUGAGAGUGCCCCCCAAAGCCCUGCUGCCUUGCCCCUGCCCUGUGCUGGCAGGGUACAGCCUGCUGCCACCCCCCCUCAGCCUUCUGGCACCCUCGGUCCCCCCAGCCUACGAGGUGGCACCGGCGCUGCUGCCCCACGCGGGGCUCUGCCCGCCCUGCUGCUGGCAGCCUCUGCCCGCGGAGCCCGGCCGGGCGAAGGCAGCGGCGGCGCGGGAGAGCACCGGGGCGCUGAAGGCCUGGCUGGCGCGGCACCCCAGGAACCCCUACCCCAGCAAGGGCGAGAAGGUGAUGCUGGCCGUGGUCAGUAGGAUGAGCCUCACCCAGGUUUCCACAUGGUUUGCCAACGCCCGCCGACGCCUCAAGAAGGAGAACAAGGCAGGCUGGGCACCGCGGGGCGCCUCGGACGGCGAGGACAGCGAGGGUGAGGGGGUCCCACCGGCAGCUGCCCCUGACCCCAGUGCGGGGCAGGAUGGGUGCGAGGGCAGCGCCCAGGGGGGCCCUGGGCAGGGGAGUCUGCUCCAGAAACCCAAGAUCUGGAGUGUGGCGGCGAUGCUGGCAUCUCCCCCCAGCGAGAGCGGGUGCCCCCCAGGGGUGCCAGCGGUGCCGGAGCAGGGGUAGUGCCAGGGCAGCCGUGCCCUGUCCCCAAGAGCCGGGGCUGCAGCUGUGGGGAGGGCUCAGCCCCGUGGCCAAG